AUGAGUCUUAAGGAGAAGGAUGUGAAAAGGUUGGUCACGCUGGACCUUCUCCAGAUGGUGGGUCUGGUGCCAUGUGACCAGGAUCUGGCGGUGGACAGUACUACCGGGGAGAACGACACUCCUGAUCGGUCUACUGGGGGCCUGGAGCUAGUGACUGGUCGGCCCUCUCCCGGGCCUUCUCCGCUUUCUCACAGAUCUGGCGACCUAGUCAUUAGAGAGCCUGAUCCUCAGCGUAGAUCUACUAUUCCCGCUCAACCUGGGAAAGGAAAAGCUAUCCAGGUUGAAGGGGAACUUAGCUCAUCCUCGGAUGACAAGGAUGAGUUCCUUGAUCAGAUCUUCAACGCAGAUUCAGACAUGUUCAGAGAAGUUGCUUCAAAGAGGAAAACUGGUGAUGGAAGUGGCUCUAUGCCUCCACAGAAGAUUCAGAAGGUAGUACCGCCAAGUCAAGGGAGGCAACCUGGGGGACCGACUACACUUCCGCCAUUGACCCCCUCUUCCCUUCCUCCUUCUGCGAGCCUAACUCCUACUCACCAGGGUAGUUCGAGUGAGAUUUUUCGUGCUGUUAGCGACCUGGGCAAGGGGCUUCUUGAGGAUAUUGGCCGUGAUGCAUCGACGCUUCAAAGCCUAGACUCCUACCCUCGACUUAGUGUCGAAGUUGUCUUGAAGAGAGGACUCACUCAAUUGAUGAAGUCACUUGUCACCAUUGGUCAUGCUCAGCUUCGAGCCGUAGAUUACAAGGAGUUGAUCAAGGUGCAGGACGAUCAACUGGUGGAGGCCAGGUCCAAGCUGGAGCAAGCAGAGAGAACUAUAGCUGAACGGGACGAGUUUCUCAAAAAGCAGGCUCAAAACAAUGCUUCCUUGACAACUCAAUUGGAGAAGCAAUCCCUCGAUAUUAAAGAGUUAGUUCGAGACAAUGAGAGGUUGAUCAGCGAGAACGAAGAGCUGAAGCAAGAAAAAGAGCUUGACUUGAUUCGCUUUGAGGAGGCCAGUUUUGACUGUUUUUAUAGGGUCUGGAAGUUGAACAAGCCUCUUAAUCUUGAUUGUUUCUCCAAGGAGGCCCAGGCAGAGGAUCUUGCCAGAUGUGAAGCAAGGGCCGCUGAAGAAGCUGCCAAUCCUCCUGCGUUCACCCCUGCCUGCUCUGCUUUAUCAUUCCGAGCGAGAGGAGCAGCUGAUGCAGAGGAGGGAGUCGAUCAACCCUCUAGAGGAGCUCGCCUGUGACUCCCUCUCGUGGUUCAUCACAGUCUACUUUACUUUGUAUUUUGUUGCUCGAACUAGUGAGCUAUUUUGACAUUUAGUACUUUACUCUUUCCUUGUUGACAACUUCAAACUUUUAAGU